AUGAGCGACCCGCCUCUACCGCUCAUCAUGAAGAAGCCGAAGAAUCCACAGCCCCUCAAGCAAAGCGAAGCCGAACAGAAAAAGAUGCUGGUAAACCCCUGCAUGAACCAGGAUGCGUCGACCCCUACCGAGGUGGCCAGCGAUGCCGCUGCAACUGAGGCUGCAACUGAGGCCGCACCUGCGGCCUCGGAUGACAGUGGCCACGCCGCUGGCGAGCAGCAGCAGCAGCAGGGCUACGCAGGACAGGGUGACUACUCGGGCUAUGGGUCGGCCUCGGCUGCCGUUGACUAUUCAACGGGUGGCUACGACCCGCAGGCCUACGCCGCCUAUGCCGGCCACUACGACCCAUCGAUGGCCUAUGGCGGGUACGGUGCCAGCGGCUAUGCGGCCGCUGCUGCCGCUGGGUCAGCUGCCGCCGCACCACCGGCCGCUGCUGCUCCUGCCGUUCCGUCGGCCCCCAUUCCCGACAGCCACUCGCCCGAUCCUCCCUCGAAGGUGCUCCACUUCAGGAAUGUCACCUCCGAGCUCACUCAGGAGGACAUCAUGGAGUUGGCGGCGCCCUUCGGCACGGUGGAGAAGGUGGUGAUGCUGACGUCCAAGAACCAGGCCCUCCUCGAGUUCGCUGACAUAGCGGCGGCCAUUUCCAUGAGCAACUUUUACCUCAGCACCCAGCCCAACAUCCGCGGGCGCAAGGUCUACAUGCGCUUCUCGCGCCAUCAGCAGCUCACCGCGUCGGCCGCGGGACCCAACCGCAUCCUGCUGGUCACGCUCCAGACCGAGCAGGAGCCCGUCAUCCCGAUCACCGCCGACAUUGUGUGGCAGAUCUUCUCCUCCUACGGCUUCAUCGAGAAGAUCGUCGUCAUGAACCGGCAGUCCCAGGAGUACGCCGAGGAGUCCAGGCGAGACUCGCGCCUGCAGACGCUGGUGCAGUUUUCGAGCCCCGCCUCCGCGCAGACGGCGUCGCAGUACCUCAACGGGAAGACCGUCUACGUGGGCACCGACCCCAUCAUGUCCAUCACCCUCUUCAUCCAGUACUCGCACCUCACACAGCUCACCGUCAAGCACAACUCGNNCGCCGACGCGUUGUGGUACUGUCACACCAAGAACACGAUCCACCGAGACAUCAAGCCCGAGAACCUCCUGAUCGGCGCCCACGGCGAGAUCAAGAUCGCCGACUUUGGCUGGUCCGUGCACGACCCCAAAGUCAGCACGCACGGCCCGCGAAGAAAGACCCUGUGCGGUACCCUGGACUAUCUCCCGCCGGAGAUGUUGGAGGCCAAGCCCCACGACGCCAAGGUCGACAACUGGAGUCUGGGCGUCCUCCUCUACGAGUUCCUGGUCGGGCGGCCGCCCUUUGAGACGGAGACCCAGCAGGCCACCGUCCACCUCAUCAAGAACGUAACGAUCCAGUACCCGACCGAUCUGAUCUCGCCCGGCGCUCGCGAUCUGAUCUCGAGGCUGCUGCAGAAGGACCCCUCGCAGCGCCUGUCGCUUCAGCAGAUGAUGGAGCACCCGUGGAUCAAGCAGUUCGUCAAGAAGUACUACUGA